AUGCCUCGGGGACAGAAGAGCAAGCUACGUGCCCGUGAGAAGCGGCGCCAGGCUCAAGAAAAGCCAAAGAAUGUGAAUGAAGCUGAAACUACUGCAGCAAAAGAAUCUCCUUGUUCCUUGAGUCCCAAAAGCAAAGUUAUCCCCCAGGGAUCAUCUGCUGCAGCAUUGCACAACCACCAAGAGCCUGAGAGAGCCCAAUCUACUAAGGCUGCAGAUUCUACACAUGUGUCAUCCACAGGAUCAAACAAUGGGGCCAAAAGCCAAGUUGAAGGAAACACAGUUGCUUCAGAGCUUUCUAUCGAGCACUCGGCAAAAGAUCCUCUAGAAGGGAAAAUAGCUUUGCUAGUGCAUUACCUGCUAUACAAGUAUCAAGAAAAAGAGCCCAUAACAAAGGCAGAGAUAAUGAAAAAUAUAAUCCAGACAUACAAGAAUCACUUCCCUGAGAUCCUGAGGAAAGCUUCUGACCACAUAGAGCUUGUCUUUGGCCUUGAAGUGAAAGAAGUGGAUCCCAAAAGGAGUGCCUAUGUCCUCAUCAACAAGCUGGAUCUAGAAUGUGGAACCACAGUGAAUGAUAAAAGAGGUAUGCCUGUGACUGGUCUGCUAAUGACUGUCCUGGGUGUGAUCUUCACAAAGAACAACUGUGCCUCAGAGGAGCAAGUCUGGGAGGUGCUGAAUAUUAUGGGAGUAUAUGAGGGUAGGAAGCACUUCAUAUUUGGGGAUGUUAAGAAGGUUCUCAUCGAUGAUUUUGUGAGACAGAAGUACCUGGAAUAUCAGCAGGUGCCUAAUAGUGAUCCUCCAUGUUAUCAGUUCCUGUGGGGCCCAAGAGCCUAUGCUGAAACCAGCAAAAUGAAAGUCCUGAAAUUUUUUGCCAAGAUCCAUGGUACCGUUCCUACUACUUUCAUGCCCUGGUAUGAAGAGGCACUGAAAGAUGAAAAAGAAAGAGCCCAGGCCAAAGCUGCAGCCAGGGCUUGUAGCGUUGCCACAGCUGGUCUCCAAUCCAAGGCUAUGUUCAGUCCCUCUUCUUGUCCCAAAUAA